AUGGAAUCUUCAUCAUCAUCCGCUGCAUCAUCAAAGAAGGUGAUCUUGAAAUCAUCUGACCACGAGGAAUUCAUCAUGGACGAGAAUGUUGCACUACAAUGUCAGACAAUCAAGCACAUGAGCGAAGAUGAUUGCGCUAACAACGUGAUCCCUGUGCCGAAUGUGACGAGCGCGAUCCUGGUAAAAGUGAUUGAAUACUGUAAGAAGCAUGUUGACGCUUCUACUGCUACUGCUGCUGGUGGUAGUGGUGAUGAUGAACUCAAGAAGUGGGAUGCUAAUGAGCGUUUUGUCCAGACUAUUCAUACUAAUACCCUGUUCGACUUGAUCUUGGCUGCUAACUACCUGGAUAUCAAGAGUCUGCUGGACUUAACCUGCCAAACUGUGGCCGAUAUGAUCAAAGGCAAGACCCCGGAGGAGAUUAGGAAGACCUUCCAUAUCAAGAACGACUUCGCCGAAGAAGAGGAGGCCGCGAUUAGGAAGGAGAACCAGUGGGCCUUUGAAUGA